AUGGAGCUAACAGGUUUAGCGUUUUUGGUAGCGGUUAAGCCACCACAAGGCUCAUCAACUAUUCAGGAAACCUUACCAGAAGGGUUGCUUUGUGAGCCAUUGUGGAUCCGGUUCAAUGUGGAAUCUCUUGUUAGUGAUUGCCAGAUUGUGUUUAUUCCAACAAUGGGUGAUCAAGUUCUCACAACAAGAUUGUUGAGCGAGGAACUUGAGGUCUCUGUGAAAGUGCAAAGAGAAGAUUCUGGAUGGUUCUCGAAGGAGAGCUUGAGGGAUGCAAUUAAAUCGGUUAUGGAUAAAGAUAGUGAGAUUGGGAAGGUAGUGAAGAUGAAUCAUAAGAAAUUGAAGGAGACCUUGGUUAGUCCUGGAUUCAUGAAUGGUUAUGCUGAUAAAUUUGUUGAAUCGUUGGAGAAUAUAGUGCACAAUACGAAACCGUCUUCAAGACUUGAACUGAAUCGAAUAUUGUACCCCUUUUUUCUAAAAUAA